AUGAGUGUGCACUGGAUGUGGUGCACCCAGUACGGCCUGACGGCGGCGCGCCACCUGUGCGCCGCCCUCUUCGUCUCGGUGCUGGGCUGGGACCCGCCCGAGGCCUGGACGUCGCCGCGGACGCUCUUCGGCUCCUCUUUGGGCGCGUACACGCUGCGGCGCUUCUGGGCCGUGUACUGGCACCGCCUGCACGUGGCGCCCUUCUCGGCCUACGACCUGCGGCGCAUGCGGCGGACCCACGGCGGCUACGAGCGCGUGCCGUCCGAGUCGCCCCGCUUCUACGUCCAGCGCGCCAGCGCGCGCGUCUCGGGUCCCGCGGGCGUGGGGCUGAAGAGGAGCCGCUCGCUCGUGCCGGGGAGGAGGUCGCCCAGGGCCGCGGCCGUGCCGCUCGGGCUGUCGGGCAAGGCUAGCAAGUACGGCAUCCCGACGUUCGAGAAGAAGGCCGAGAGCGUCUUCGCCAUCAGCGGCGCCGGGUGGACCGCCGGCCCGGGCGGCGGCGGCGGCGGCGGCGGCGGCGUCGUGGCCAAGACGCGCGACGACAAGGGGGACACCAGACACACGCUGGACGUGACGGCCGCCAUGCCGCGCGGCCAGUUCGAGAUGCUGGUGGCGCUGUGGUGCUGCCACGUGUGGGAGUUUGUCACGACAAACGCGCCCAAGACGCACGAGGGCAUGGACGGAGUGGCAAGGAAGAUGAAGCUAGCCAAAGAAUUUGGAUGGACGCCAGGCAACACGGGACCAGCGGGUGGCACCAUGGGAUUUGGCGUCGGCGGCGGCGGCGGCAUGUAG